AUGUCCUAUCCGGAGCUGGAUUGGCGUGCUUCUUUCCAACAGCAGGUUAACAAUCGGAAAAGCUUAUUUGAAAUUGUUAUUUCUCCAAGAAAAUCACUGAAACCCCCAGAUGGACCUGGAAUUAAAUACAAAUCGGAUCUGUUGAAGUCAUGUAAAUUCCAGUACAUUCAUAAGUUGGCAGUCCAACUAAGUGAUCCUUGUGAACUGGAAACCAUCCUGGGGCAGAAGCAUAUCAAUAAUAAACUAUUGUAUGGCCUUGAACCUCAUCCGCAACUUCUUUCUAACAAAUCAUUUCUUCCGCUGGAAUGGUUCGACGACUUCGAGUACGAUCCUAUGUCAGUGGAAAGGUGGUUGUCGAUCGACAAUCUUGUGGCUUUUGCAUUGGUUCAAAAACGAGAUUCCGAGGAAUGGGUUUGGCACCCGGUAACAGUAGCUGAUUACGAUCGUAGUAGUUACCUGUGGACAGUUAUGGAGAAUGGUGAUUGCUGGGAAGUUCCCCGAGUUCGUUUGUGUUUCGUUUAUGAGAAUCCCAUUUGCUUUGUUGAACGGAUUCGUGUGGCGCUUGAUAAUAGAAGCUAUGCGGAAAAUCGAUUGCGAUUCUAUUACCUUCGUCAGCUUGUGGAUGUAGAAGAUUUCUUUGAUCCAUCGGCUAAUACGGAACAACGUAUUUCCCAGAAGUCCGGAAAGGAAGCUCUGGAUGCAUUCAAAUGCAUUUAUCGAAAGGUUCACAUUAUGCUGUCUCUGAAUCUGUAUUUGGAGCAGAAUAAAUGGCUGAAAAUUAACCCAGUUGCGGUCAAACUGCAUAAAAUUGACCGUUCCUUUAAGGAUAAUGUUCGAGGCAUGUAUGAUUUCAGUGGUCGGCAUGCAUCGAUCAGAAGAAUUAUCAUGUAUAGUCAUCCAGCUGUGACUCAAGCUCUCGAAAAAGUUCAUUAUGAAUGUGAAAUAGUUAGAAGGAUGGCACUUUUCUCUCUGGAUUCGAAUAGUUCAAUGACGAUGGCAGAGUUCAGAACAAUGAACGAAGCUCAACUCAAGAGGACGAUGAGGUAUUUGAAGAACGGAUGGAUUGAGAAUAUUACCAUGCAGGUCCAUGGAAGCCUUUUAGAAUCUGGACGUGGGUGGUUCGACGUCACUGUCGAUAAAUGGACAAUGUAUCAAUUCAUGAAACUCUAUCGGUUAAUCGAACAGAUCAAGUUCAGGAUGCAGACAGCGCUGCGUGAUAUGGUGCAAAAAUCGACUGAGGAAUACUGUCACCGUUUGUGUGACCCUUGUUCGUUAGCGCUAUCAAUAGAGGAGAACUUCACAUGGCAGGGAAAUUUGAUCGAUUCUCCUUUCGAUUCCGGAAAGCGACCCGUGUUUAAUCUGUUGCUUGAAAUGGGGGAUGACGUUCCCUAUUAUUCCACGCAUCCAGAUGAGUUUUCUUUAUGUCUGGAAACAUUGUUCGAUGAAGCAGUAGCUAGAACCCACGAUAUACAGGUGAUUGAUCCUUCCUUGUUUGGAUCGUUGAUUUUUGAUCCUGAUCUCUACCUGUCAUCCAUGGGAUUGAUUGACCCUGUGAUUCAACAGCAAAAAGAACAUCUUGCCCUAUUGUAUCGUAAAACCAUCAUCCUCCUGAAAGCCUACGCUGCACGGUUCAUGGAAUUCAAAGAACUGUUCUUCACCAACUUAGUGGAGUACAUCGGAACCGUUCGAUCGAGUAAAACUUCACUUCAAGUCAAGGAGGAGAUUUCGUUUCAAAUACGGAUGUGCGAGAGCUUGGAACGUACCCUACCGUUAAGUAUAGUGAUAGGAUCGUUUUGUAUUAACGUACAUCCACUGCGUGAAGCACUCAUUCAAAAGCGUCGUGAGUUAAUCGCAGCACUGCUGAAAAUGCUCACCGAACGUCUUCGCGUUAAAACUUCCGACAUUGUAUUCGAUUACAACGAGAUUAUCAGAAUAAUGUGCGAAAAACCCACGUCAAUUGAACACAUUUAUGAAAUUCGAGCAUUCAUGGAGACUACUCCUGAACUACUGGAGAAACUGGAGGAUCGCAUGAAGACGGUAGUGUUUGAGUAUGAAAUUCUGGAAUAUUUCCGUUACGCUCUACCUGAUCCAGAUUUCUAUCAAAAGUGGCACGCUUUGGCCUUCCCACAGAAAAUAAUGAAGCAGAUGAUCUCCGUUUACGAAUUUCAUGAAGGUGAAGUGGACAAAUUCCGAAAGCAGCAAGUCAGCGAUGAAGCCGGAUUCGGGAGCCGAGUUGAAGAGGUGAAUGUGCACAUUUCAAAAUUUACAACAGUCUAUGAUGUGUCUAAAGUAGCAGAGGUAUCGAUCGAAGUGAAGAAAUUGUGGAGAACUGUCCAAGAAUUAAUGCAAUAUGGGGAGACUCUGAACAAGCGUCAAGAUCUGUUUGAACUUCCAGCUAUAGAUUUGUCCAACUUAUUUGAAUUGAGAGAAAGCUUCGAAAGCUUUAAGAAUCUGUGGACCUUUGGGGCAGAGUACAACAACGUGGAGGAAACUUGGCGAGAAAAUCCAUUAUCUAGUGUAGCAGUAGACGUCGUGGCUAGGAUAAUAAGUCAGUACAAAGCUUCCUUCGAGAGCUUGAUUGACCAGUUUGAAGAGCAACCCCAAAUUCAAGACGUUGUUCACACAUUUUUGAAAAGAGUCAAAUCCUUUGAGCCGUACUUAACGGUCAUCAAAUUGCUGCAACAUCCAUUGUUAGAGCCAAUCCACUGGGCUCAGUUGGCUAAAUCUGCUGGAAUCAAGGUGAAAGUGUCAUUGGCGACAAAUUUUGAAUUAUUUUUGGCGAAUAAAAUUGACCAGCAUUUAGAUAUGCUUCGUGAGCUCAUACAGAAAGCAGAAGAGCAAAAGGACGAGUCUGAAAGGAUUCAAGCCGAAGAAGAAGAAAUUAGACGCAAGGAGCAAGAAUACAUGGAAAACCGCCAGAUGAGACGCCUGCAGAGAACGGAAAUUUGAU